AGCUGUGGGGUGCCCCUGGGGCUCACUGCGGGCUGUCCGUGUGUCCCGCGUGUCCCAGCCGCUCCCCGUCCCCGCAGGGUGCCGUGCCGGGCUCACCGCCUCGUACCGGCGGAUGACGAGAUGUACCAGCGGACGCGGGUGACGGUGCUGCAGCCGGAGUCCCCCAACAUCAUGUUCAUCGACGGCUACACCAACCGCGGCUUCACCAUCAACAGGGACCUGGUGGUGGGGCCCUGCGCCAUCCUGCCCCGCACCAUCCUCCAGUGGAACGUUGGCUCCUACAGGGACAUCUCGCAUGAAAGUCUGUCGCUGUUCCGGCUGCUGGAACCCCAGAUCGAGAUCCUGGUGCUGGGCACUGGAGACAGGGUGGAGCGGCUCCACCCUGCCUUGCUGAAGCAGAUGCGGGAGUGCGGGAUCGCAGUGGAAGUGCAGGACACGCCAAACGCCUGUGCAACAUUCAACUUCUUAACAAGUGAAAAGCGCAUGGUAGCUGCUGGGCUCAUCCCUCCGCGGGGUGCCUACAGGGGGGUGUAGGUGCAGGCUGAGCAGCCUUUCCCUUCGCUGCUUGAAGCCCCCCCCUGCUGUGAGCAUCCCGCUCCCGGCAGAGGAACACUUCAGACUAAACUGUCGGAGCUGCUGCUUGGGUGGCGGCUCCGCACACAGGAGGGUGUUGUGAAACGUGUGGGCUCGGCUUUUCCCCAAAGUCCCUGGCUUCUCGGCCUCCCGGGCUGCUCUGGCAGCAUGGUGUGAGGCAGGAGCAUUGCUGGCAGCACCACACUGGUGCCUUGGCAGCAAGAAACCGUCACUCCGAGGCAGGGCGGAGGCUGGUGGGUUGAGCUGCACGCUCCGGUUGGGGCUCCACAAGGAAAAUACAUGUAAAUUGGAACCCCAGAGCAAUGGCGUGGUGGUUAAUGCACAGCAGAGCACGGCUGGAACAUGGCACUGGUGCUGUGGGUCAGCACCAGCAACUGGUGUGGCCCCUGGCACUGGCACACACUGGCUCUCCUGCGGGGUUUUGUGUCCCUCGAGCUGCAGCCGGGUCCCUGGGGGGCUGCACCGUGACCCCCUGCAGGCUCAGCUCGAGCAGGGGUUGUGUGUGGGGAGGCUCACUGUCCUGUCCCCCCAACUCCCGCACACCUGAGACUGCCUCAUGGUUGUGGAUACCACCCUGCGGUGGGUUUAGGGGGUGCAUGAACCUAUCACAGCCUCAUGCUCCAAACCCUGCCACCUCCGUGGGGCAGGGGGGGAUGUGGCUGCAGUUGUCCCCAGCCCUGGGUCAGGCCUUGGAGUAGCUUUGCUUAACGAGUCAGCUGCGUUAAUGAACGUUUGACACGAUUAUGUUGUAAUUCAAGGCUUUGGUUGUAACGUGUGUAAAUCUAAUUUGACAUCACCAUGCUGGGGAGUGAUUUUUUUUUUUUCAACCAACAACACUAAAGACACAAAAGGCUGAUGGUAAACACACACAGUUCAGCAGGAGUGACAUUUGCAUGUGAUGACUGAUACAGGUGUAAAAUGCCCUUGUCACCUGGUGUUACAAGCACAGGUAACCGGACCAAGCCAGGGCUGUUUGCACGGGUCAGGGGUACAGAAAUACAAACACUGGCUCCUUUGCAAGCCCGUGCACUUGCAAGUUCAUUGUCCACACACCUUCUGGAAAAAAAAAAUCAUAAAUGAAGCCUGGGCAAGUGAUCUGUACUACCGCCACUGACCAGCUGAAGCAGGGCAGCUGCUGGGGGGACAGCAGGGGAUGUUUAGGGGAAGGCAAAGAGAAAGGCAGAUUGGUAAAAAAUAGGAAAAAUACGUGUCCAAGGGCCUGUUGCCUGUGAGCAGCUGCAGCACUAAGCGUUUCCAGGGCCGUGGGGGUGGCUGUGCUCGUCCCUGCAGCAGCUGGCCCGGACAUGGGGGUAAAAUCCAUUUGCUUUUGCCCUGCAGCCACUUGUCUUCUGCUCUCACAGAGGUGGUGGGUUUUUUUAAACACCCCACACUGUGUUACCCACUCAGCCCCGU